AUGCCAUCACCGUCACCCACCUCUCGCCACCCUGACCCAUCCCCCAUAACCCACACUCCCGCAGUGCCGCCGCCCUCACCAACCCCCCAUUGCCCUCAUCGACCCACCACGACCCCCACUCUCGCAGUGCCGCCGCCCUCACCUACCUCCCGUGACCCACCUCCUGUGGCACCGCCGCCCUCUCCAACCCCCCGUGACCCCCACUACCACAGCGCUACCGCCCUCACCCAUCUGUACCUCCUCUAUCGGUCCCCCCAUGCUUCUCCCUUCAUUUUCUUCCCCUCCGACAGUCAAAAUUCCUUAAAUAUUAAAGAAAGGGAGAGGGAAGCACCCUUACCUCUAGUAGAUGGCAAUGGUGGCAGCAGAGAAUUUGAUGGAAGCGACGGUGGAAGCCGGCGAUGGUGGAAGCCUGCACCGGAUGGUGAUGGAGAUGCGGUCGUCGAUGGGAAGAGAGGGGGGAGAGCUCGGAGAGGGAGAGGGUUUCGCGGGAAGGAUUACGAGGCUCUGCGGGAAGGGAAGCAACGUCAACUUGACCUGUAA